AUGUCGACCGACCCAAAGAUCCAGGACCUGCUUAACAAGCCCAAGAGUGAGCUUACUGAAUACGAGGUCUCCCUCGUCGAGGAACAUGAGCUCACAGCUGGCCCCCUCUCCCUCCUCCAAACCGCCACUCGCACACACACCCAGGUCCUGAUCGCCUGCCGUAGCAACCGUCGCCUGCUCGCUCGCGUGAAGGCGUUCGAUCGCCACUGCAACAUGGUGUUGGAGAACGUCAAGGAAAUGUGGACAGAGAAGCCCAAGGGCGGUAAAGGCAAGGGUGUCAACAAGGAUCGCUUCAUCAGCAAGAUGUUCCUGCGUGGUGACUCCGUCAUCCUCGUUCUGCUCAGUUGA